UGGUGUGUGAGAGCUGAAAUGCCCUGACAGUGGUGUGUGAGAGCUGAAAUGCCCUGACAGUGUUGUGUGAGAGCUGAAAUGCCCUGACAGUGGUGUGUGAGAGCUGAAAUGCCCUGACAGUGUUGUGUGAGAGCUGAAAUGCCCUGACAGUGGUGUGUGAGAGCUGAAAUGCCCUGACAGUGGUGUGUGAGAGCUGAAAUGCCCUGGCAGUGGUGUGUGAGAGCUGAAAUGCCCUGACAUUGGUGUGUGAGAGCUGAAAUGCCCUGACAUUGGUACGUGUGAGAGCUGAAAUGCCCUGACAUUGGUACGUGUGAGAGAUGAAAUGCCCUGACAGUGGUGUGUGAGAGAGAUGAAAUGCCCUGACAGUGGUGUGUGAGAGAGCUGAAAUGCCCUGACAGUGGUGUGUGUGAGAGCUGAAAUGCCCUGACAGUGGUGUGUGAGAGAGAUGACAUGCCCUGACAGUGGUGUGUGAGAGCUGAAAUGCCCUGACUGGUGUGUGAGAGAGAUGACAUGCCCUGACAGUGGUGGGAGAGCUGAAAUGCCCCAGUGGAGGGCAGCAGUGACUCACAAUGAGGAGUUAAGGUGGCGGAACACCGGGCGAUUGGAACACGGCCGCUGCUCUUUAAACGCUGCCGCAGGAAGGGACGAUGUAGUUUUCACUGUCAGGAUUCCUGGAGCUCCAGGGCUUUAUUUCUUCAUAUCUUCAGAGACCAAAGCUGGAUGUUAGGCUGAACAUGGUGGUUUAGGGUUAACACGAGUGACUAGUUCUCCUAGCAGGUUUAUAGAGAAAUAAAAUAACUAGAUAGCAGAUGAGUCUGAGGUUAGUGUGUAAAAACUCGGGAGAUUUGGAGGAGCUGAAGGAAAGAACUGAUGAGUAGUUAGUUAGUUAACUGUAGCUAAUGUUAAAGCUAAUACUUAUGUGGUAACUCUGGUUAUGAUAACUGUCACUUCUAGUUGUCGUAGCCGGUUAGCAAAAAACAAAAAAAAAACAGUUAGCUCUAUAUGGACCAUUCUAUGAGAUAGCUAACUAAAUUAGCUAGCCAGGUUUCUGUGCUUAGGAAAGCGCAUUAGCUAAUCAGCUAAUAAGACAUUGUUUCUCUGAAAUAGUGCUUUUACUCGUCAGUUUAUUUUACUGAGAUAUAUAUAUAUAUAUAUACUUUUAGCUGAACACAAUUAGUUAUGUUUUCCGUGCAGAAACUCACAGUCCCUUUUCUGUUCAGAAUAGCUAGCUAACUAGCUAGCUAAUCAUGCUAGAUAAUAUUGUUAAAAGACAACAAGAAAACCAAAUCGUUACAGCUGAAAUUAUUGACUUCUUUUAUUUAUAUUUAUCUUUUCAUGGUGCUUUAGCAGGGGGAAGUGUUUAAUAACGUUGGUAUAUAAUGUAACGACUAGCUUUGGUAUUAUCAGCAUUAGAAAACCACGGAAUUUCAUUCGGACCAAGCUCUCCAAUAAACCUGCUGGGUUUUUUUUCUUUUCUUUUCUUCCUUUUUUGUUGGACCUGAUUGAUUUAAUAAUAUUUAUAAUCAGAUCGCCAAAAACAAGCUCUUCAAACAGUAAGUAUAUAUCGCUAGCUGGCUAAUGGAGUUUGUAGUAGCUAAUGCUAGCAGGUUAUCAUUCGUUACUUAGCAACUUUGCUUGUUUUUCUUUCCUGGAUCAGCCGGCUUGUAUAAUAAUGUUUUAUUUUUUGAAGGGUCGCUAUUUUUAUUAAAUGUAUUUCUAUUUUUUUGUUUUAGGGUUGAACUGCUGUUUAAAUGGGAGUUAAUUUUUGUGCGUGUAUUUAUAUAUAGUGUUUAAGGAAUCGCACAGCUAGCUAACAGUUUGCGUCCUCUCUCUUUGAGCUAAUUACCUCGUGUUAAUAUUAGUUUAAACGGGACACGUGAGUUAGUCGGUGACAUUUAUUACUCUAUUUUAAACAAGUUAUUUUAUUUUUCUUUAAAUCAUCUGCCUGCUUUCUUUGCUAGAGUCUCGGGGGGUUCCCCCCAUUAUUUUUUUUCCUGUCACUGCCAUACAUAUAGACCUUAGCGUUAUAAUCUAAACUCAUCUCUUCUCACUCUUACUACACCUAACGUUAUUUACUCACGUUUUCCUGAAGGUUGUUUAGUGAAAUCAGGCAUUUGAAUAAAAACGACUCUUUUUAUAGUUUAUGAUGGUGUUUUUCAGCUGUACUGGUUUAGCCACCGUGCUAGAUGAGCUAUUUUUAUUUAUUUAUUUGUUUAUUUUAAAUAGUAGGUUGUGUAUGGGAUCUGUAGGUUUGGACAAGUUGUACACAGUAAAUAUCAGCCUUCUGGGGUUGGGGAUUGAGGAUUGAUGAACAGUAACAGAUGUACCACAUUCAAGACAAAUCCAGUCUUUAUAUACCUAUAGGCUUUAAUACCUGGAAGUCUGUCUCUGUGCAGGUGUUUUGUGUUGAUUUAUUUGUGAGCUGAUGCUGUAUGGAUGAACUCCCAUUCAGAUAAGGGUCAUGAGGAGGCAGCGGUAAGGGCGUGUCCCAACGCUCUUAGCGCCGGGAUUGAUUGGCUGGUGGGCGUGGCCGGCGGGCUGGCUCCUCCCCCUCCCGGCGGCAGUGUGCGCUCCCAGCCGCCGCCCCCUUGCGCCCCACGCUCGCCUGGCUUGCGUGCCCGAGCCCAUGCCCCCAGCACCACGCGGCUGGUCAGCGCCAUGUGCGUCCCGCACACCAUGGAAGCGGGCAAACACCACAAUGCAUCGGACACAGGCCAGGGUCAGGGGCGUGGACAUGGUGGGCGCGGUGGAGGGGUGCCACUCGAGCCCUUUGUCCACCAGGUGGGCGGCCAUACCAGCAUGAUGCGCUACGAUGAUCACACCGUCUGCAAGCCACUCAUCAGUCGCGAGCAGCGCUUUUAUGAGUCUCUGCCACCUGAGAUGAAGGAGUUUACACCAGAAUACAAAGGUGUGGUGCUGGUGUGUUUCGAGGGUGACCUGGACGGCUACAUCAACCUAGUGGCGUACCCUUACGUGGAGAGCGAAGGCCUGGACCACGAAGAGCUGCCCGAGAGGGACCAACCGCGGCGGAAACACUCGCGCCGCAGCCUGCAUCGCUCCAGCAGUGACCAUAAAGAGGAAAGAGCGGCCCACGAAAGUGACAGCAACGACAAUCUGCAAGAGCUGAAGAGUCCACGCCUGGACUUGCAGAUCUACUCUGACGUGCCCUUCCAAAUGCUGGACGGCAACAGCGGCCUGAGCUCAGAAAAGAUCAGCCACAACCCCUGGAGCCUGCGCUGCCACAAGCAGCAGCUCAGCCGCAUGCGCUCCGAAUCCAAGGAGAGGAAGCUCUACAAAUUUCUGCUCCUCGAGAACGUAGUACACCACUUCAGCUGCCCCUGCAUCCUGGACCUGAAGAUGGGCACACGGCAGCACGGCGACGAUGCCUCCGAGGAGAAGGCCGCCCGUCAGAUGAAGAAGUGCGAGCAGAGCACGUCUGCCACUCUGGGCGUGCGCGUGUGCGGGAUGCAGGUGUACCAGAUGGACACGGGCCACUACCUGUGCCGCAACAAGUACUACGGCCGAGGUCUGUCGAUCGAGGGUUUCCGCCACGCGCUCUACCAGUUCAUGCACAACGGUACCGAGCUGCGCCGGGACCUUUUCGAGCCCAUCUUGAGCAAGCUGCGCAGCCUCAAAGCCGUGCUCGAGCGUCAGGCCUCCUACCGCUUCUACUCCAGCUCUCUGCUCAUCAUCUACGAAGGCAGGGAACCCGAGCGGGCCGAGGCGUCCUCCGAGAAGGAAAUCGCCGCCGGGUGCCAGUCUCCUCUGCCCCUGGACCCACCCCCUGCCCCAAGCAUCGACGUGCGCAUGAUAGACUUUGCCCACAGCACCUUCAAAGGCUUCCGGGACGACCAGACGGUGCACGACGGGCCCGACCGGGGCUACGUGUUCGGACUCGAGAGCCUCGUCAACAUCCUUGAAACGAUCUGUGCGGAGAACCAGUAAUCGAAACGGAUCUUUCACUUCUGCGGUUUUUUUUUUUUUUUUUUUUUUUUUUUGGGUUACGAACCCACUUCCUCCCUCCAUCCUCAGUUAUUUCUGUACUGUCUACAUGGUGGCAGCGACAAAACUGACGUUUCUGUGAACGGUGACGAUUUGAGACAUGCUGCAAGCAGUGAGGCACGGCGUCUCACUCUGCGUCUUUCAGCCAUCAGCACUCUGAGCACGAGGGUAUGACCAAGCUUUUCAAAGGGGGGGGAAUUGGAGGUGACCUCUGGCUGGGUCUUUACUCGUGCCCCCCUUCAGAAACGGACAGAAAUGGUAGGAAUGGCUCCAUGAAACAGGAGCUGGGAUCAUUUUGCUCGUCCUGUGGAUUCGUCGCCACCGUGUGGCCAUUUGAGGUUUUGCAGUCAGAUAAGAGGAAGCAGCCACAGCUCAGGGCAAGUCCAGGGUCAGGUCCUCUUUACAUUGUUGGGUCGGUGGAGGGAGCAUGUACGUACGUGAGCGUGAGUGUGUGUGUGUGUGUGUGUGUGUGUGUGUGUGUGUGUGUGUGGAGGAUAGUAAUGUUUGGGGAUUAAAUCCCCACUGCAGUAUUCCUACAGGGGCUCAGAAAAGGGAGCAGUUAUGAAAGCUUUAUUGUAAAAUAUAGGUGGAAGGCUUACCUUUCCCUUGAUUAAAAAAAUGAGGUGAUUCCUGCCUUGUACUAUCAGUUACCAUCCACAGCCUAGCUGUGCAAACAAAAAACCUGUUUGAGGUCACAUGCUUUUUAAUAUAUAUAUUUUUUUAUUUUAAUCAUUUCUGCAGUUAUCCACUUCAGUUAGAGCCAACAUUUUGCAUUUUGUCAUUUUUUGUUCAUUUAUUUUUUUUGCAUUUUUUUUCUUUCUUUUCUUUUCUUUUGUAUGAAAGUCCUUUCUUUUAUGGUUUAUGGUAGUACUGCCAGUCCUAGGCUAGUCUGUGGGACAGUGUGUGUGUAUAUCCGUAGACACCCUCUAUUUCUCUUAUUUCUCGCAAAUAUGAUUAUGCCGAAAGAGCUCCUUCCUAUUUUAUUUGAUUUGUUUUGCACUGUAGAUUCGGAUUCUGCUCUGAAAGCAUCUAGCAUGGUUCUUCAAAUCCCCGCUCCACCCUCACCUGCCGUUUUUAUUCCUGGUUUUUAGGAAUGUUUAUAAAUGACUCGCACAUCCACACAGUAAACUUGUCCAUCAGCACAUGUAGCAACACAACUAGAGACUCCACCUUCUCUUCCCCUUGUUUGUUUUGUUUCGUUUUUGUUUUUUGUUUUUUUUGCUCGUCGCGUCCCCUCUCCCGUCACCACUCGGUUAGGGUGUUGUGUGUGUGUGUGUGUGUGUGUGUGUGUGUGUGUGUGUGUGUGUGUGUGUGUGUGUGUGUGUGUGUGUGUGUGUGUAGAUGGAACUGUAGCCAUUGUCGUUUUUGGUGAUCAGUGGUUUCUUUUCCCUCUCUGGCACACCUCAGACUCGACUUUGUCUAGAUCGUCGUCUCUGCGUAAUCAGAUACGGCACGUCGUCCUGCACAUGCAUACUGUAUUGAUAUUAUCAGUGUAGUAUUGCGGUACUGUUGUGACCCCCGAACCUUUUAUUAGAGAUCUGUUUGUAUUGUAAUCGAGAACUGAGUGGUCGUCACUUCUGAGUCUAGACUAGAUUAGAUUAUUUGUCUUGCGCUGGAUGUCACAGGAACGGGCCACCGUUUCUGCUCCAUCCUCGAGAAUGUACUCAGCACUCUUUCUGUCUAUUUUUCCAUGCACAUCACAUCACCAAUGUAAAGGGAAAAUGCACACCGAAACUGUUUCAUAAUCAUUCGUCCAAGCGCAAAGCAUAAGUACUGCGAGUGCGACCUACAUAUCUUCAUAUAACGGACCGUUUUGCUGUGCAGACACUUUUAACAAAGAGCAGUAAGAAAAAAACAAACCAGGAUUUCCAGACAGGUCUGGAUUUCUGUCCUGUUUGUGCUUUGUGAUCAUAGUUAGAACAUCUAGAUCAGCUCUAGUACACGUACGUGUGUGUGUGGGUGUAAAUACUUCCACAGGGUUCAUGUCUGUCCAGCCUUUCAGCGUUCGAGAGCUGUCCAGGAUACGAAGGUUUUAAAAAGCGGUCACAAAUCAUUACCCUGUUGACUCUGAUGGGUGUGGUUCCUGGCUUCUUGAGCGUAACAGAAAAGUCUGUUCUGUGCCAGGGCAGGAGAGAGAAACGCUCACACGACUUAGCGGAAAAAACGAAGUUGCUGUCUUUCGUCUUGGGAAGAAAUCAAAAACAGGUCUCCUCUGUGGCGGAUGUGCUUAGUCUCUCCAUAGAUGUGAGAUUUGUACGAAUAGAGAAAAAAAAAAAAGAUCCCAAAAAAAGUAUGUAUUUCUCCCUUUGUUGUUGCAUGGAUGGAUAUUUUUUUAAGGAAAAAAAUAUAUAUAUGACAUCUUUGAAUGUGGGUUAUAAAUCAUUUAUUUAAGAAAUUUGUUGUUUUGUCUUAUUUCUUUCAUUGCAGUGAUAAGCACGUGAAAACCGGUUAAAAUAAAUACUUUUUAGUUUUGAAAUACUGUGGCAAAACACUAAGCAGUGCCGACAUGAAGGAACAGGAGUAGAGGCCGACCGAUAGCAGAUUUUACCGAUCAACAGUUUUAAAAUUUAUACCGAAUGAAGACAUUACACUCAAAGUAAAAAAUUUCUGAAUGUUUAAAAUAAAAAUCAUCAGUACUGACUGUACCAGGAAAAUGUGAACUGAAAAUGUAUAUUAAUGUGUUAACUAUUAAUAAAUAUUAAAGUAAAUAAAAUUUUGGUUGAAACUGAACCAAAAAGUAACACUCAAAAUAAC